CACUGGGGCCGAAGGUAGGGGGAUGGAAGGCGAGUCACUGGGGCAGAAGGUAGGGGGAUGGCAGGCGGGGCCGAAGGUAGGGGGAUGGAACCCACAAAACAGCAGGGACAAAAAAACUCCUGACAAAUACUUGAAACACCAGCCCCCCCACCCCCACAAAAAAACAUCCAAAUACAAAGUGCACUGAUGCACAAAAAGAACUGCAAAAAGACAACAAAGCCACAUGGAAAAAUAAACAACUGAACAACCAGACAAAUUCUCACAAGAAAACUCCAAGAAGUAGGUGCUUUAAAUGCUUGUUUCUUUGCGAGAAGAGGAUUCCUAGUGGACAUCUAUGAAGCUAGACAAGAUAUCCGCGGUUCUAACGCAAGCCGUGGCAGAAGCAUUAAUUUGGCCCUGUCUCACAGGGGUCGAAAAGCUCUCAAGGCCAUUGGAAUGGAAGAUGAGAUUGUGUCUAAAGGUAUCCCAAUGAGGGCAAGAAGGAUUCACACGCCCUCUGGCAAACAAUAUUCAAUUCCCUAUGGAACAAAGAGUCAGUAUAUUCUGUCUGUAGAUAGAGCCAAUUUAAACAAGGAGCUGCUAACUGCUGCUGAGAAAUAUCCCAAUGCUAAAUUGUACUUUGGAUAUAAACUGCUGCACUACAACAUGGAAUCAGGCACGCUGACCUUUUCUGGAUUAGGUCAGGUAUCAGAAGAGGUUACCUACAGCCUAAUUGUGGGUUGUGAUGGAGCCUUUUCUACAGUUAGGAAGCAGUUCAUGAGACAAACACGUUUCAAUUACAGCCAAGAGUAUAUUCCUCAUGGAUACAUGGAACUGACAAUUCCCCCCCAAAAUGGAGAUUUUGCAAUGGAACCAAACUAUCUUCACAUCUGGCCCAGGAACACAUUCAUGAUGAUUGCACUGCCAAACCUGGACAAGUCAUUCACAUGUACUCUCUUCAUGCCUUUUGGUGAUUUUGAAAAGCUCACAACAGGAGAUCAAGUGCUGGAUUUCUUCAAAAUUUACUUUCCAGACUCAAUUCCUCUAAUAGGAAAACAAGAACUGAUGCGAGAUUACUUUUUGCUACCAGCCCAGGCCAUGGUGUCUGUGAAGUGCUCAUCAUACCAUGUUGGCUCUCACUGUGUGCUUAUGGGAGAUGCUGCACAUGCCGUUGUACCCUUCUAUGGACAAGGCAUGAAUGCUGGAUUUGAAGACUGUCUGGUGUUUGAUGAAUUAAUGAAUCAGUCCAAAAAUGAUCUCGGUAUCUGCCUCCCAGAGUUCUCAAGGCUAAGAGUACCUGAUGAUCAUGCAAUUUCCGAUUUAGCCAUGUAUAAUUAUAUAGAGAUGCGGGCACAUGUCAAUUCAAAAUGGUUCAUUUUCCGAAAGCAUAUAGACAACUUGCUUCAUACCCUCUUACCCUCCACGUUUAUUCCUCUCUAUACGAUGGUCACAUUCUCCAGAAUCCGGUACCAUGAAGCAGUGCAAAGAUGGAAAUGGCAGAAUAAGGUAAUUAAUAGAGGCCUCUUCUUCAUUGUGGUGGCAGUAACUCUGAGUGGUGUAUAUCUGCUCAGUAACAGCAUAACUCUGAAACCUGACUUUAGUAGAGAGAACCUGUGGAGAUGGACUCUUGGUCUCAGAAAAUUUGGAAAAGUACCACUGGUUACACAAGAGUGUUAAAAACCAGGAGACAAUAGGAGGGGAUGUUUGACAUCUUGUGUAAGUUACACCUUCAAAGUACUCCAGCAAUGGAUGUGCCAUUGACGUGAGUCAUGCUGAAUCCAAGAAUUAAAGUCCUACCCAUAUUGAGCUCAGAUGUUUUCCAUGGACUUUGGUGAGGCUUUGUCUUUAUCCAGUUUCCUAAGGAACCAGUGACCACACACUGCGGGUUAGAGAUUCUGCAACUUAUUUACCUCAGGUUUGCAACUGCUAAAAAAGUUAAAUCCAUGCCCUGUUUUACAGACAAUAUGACAUUUAUAAUAGGUCAGUCUGUUCAGUAAAUUUCUCCUGUGGCAUAGUGGUAAAGGGAUCAUAAUCAGUCUUGUAACAGAACUGGGCUGGUUAUCAAUUCGGCAUAUAAAAUCCUAUUGUGUGGGACUCCCCAACCCCCAAUAUGUCAUUUCCCCCUAGUCAUGCUUGCGACCACAAGAUUCUUUUAAUUACUUCUAGGGGGGAAAGUGUACUAGUACUUCCAUAUGCUCAUUUGUAUUUGUGCAAUAUAGCCACUGCUAAUUAUCUGGUAAGCUGAAAUGUUCAAAGUGAUAGUUUAAAAUGGUGUCUGAUGAUUGGAAAACUCCUAACUUUGUAUGUAUUUGUCUUGUACUACAAGGUCAAAUAAAAUGGCUCCAACAUGCCUUUUUCUGCA